GGUCAUUUUGUCAUAACGGUAAAAGACGUAAAUUAUUCAUGUAGUGCUGUACUGUAUUGCAACACUGUAUCCAUUUGGUGCCACACAGUUUUGACGUUAUAUUUAUUAAUAACCAAUGAUAUGUUUUAAAGUCUGCAGAAGAUUGCCACUUUUCAAGAAGAGGUUUUAUGAUGUAAAAAUCAGUUAUUCUCAAUUUAAAAAUGUUGAUUCAUUUAAAUUGAGUUCAGACGAAGAUAAAAAGCAUGCCGCACUCUAUGUUCACUGGCCUUAUUGUAGAAAAAGAUGUCCAUAUUGUAAUUUUAACAAAUACAUCAAUGAAGAUGUAAAUGAAGAGCGUAUGAAGAAUUGUUUAACCAAAGAAUUAGAUACAUUGUUAGAAAAAAGCUGUAUCAACAAACUGACAACUGUUUUUUUUGGUGGGGGCACACCUAGUUUAGCCAGUCCUGAUACUGUUAAAGCUGUAAUAGAUAGAGCGAAAUCUCACGGAAACCUAGAUCAAGAUGCAGAAAUCACUAUUGAAGUGAAUCCAACUGACAUAGAGGCAAAAAAAUUAAGGGCCUUUAAGGAUGCAGGUGUGAAUAGGAUCUCAGUUGGACUUCAGUGUCUCAAUCAAAAUGAUUUAGUUUUCUUGGGAAGAGAUCACACUGUAGAAGAAGGACUAAGAUGUUUAUCAGAGGCGAAAUCUUUACUUCCUGGAAGAGUAUCUGUAGAUCUGAUAUUUGGCCGUCCGCAACAAACAAAAGAGACAUGGAAACAAGAACUAAAACAGUUACUAUCUGUUUGUGACAACCACAUUUCAUUGUAUCAAUUAACACCCGAACGAGGAACCACAUUAUACAAACAAAUACAGGAACAAAAUGUGUUAUUACCAAGUACAGAGGAGAUGGCUGAUCUGUAUAAAAUAGCUGUAGAGUACUUACACAGUAAUGGAUACGAACAUUAUGAAGUUUCCAACUUUGCCAAAGAGGCUUCCUACAGUCAUCAUAAUCUCAUAUAUUGGACAGGUGGUGAAUAUAUAGGUAUAGGUCCAGGUGCUCAUGGUAGAUUAUGGAUGUAUAAUGCUGAUGAAAAACGUUACGUUAGAGAAGCUAGAACACAAACAUUAGAACCACCUAAUUGGAUGGCAGAAGUAGAGAAAUAUGGUCAUGCUACAAGACGUAUAAUUAAACAAAAUACUCAUGAUAGGGCAAUAGAGUUAUUAAUGACUAGUCUGAGAACAAAAUGGGGUUUAUCAAAUCAGGUCUGGCGGAAAGUUUAUCCUGUGGGCCUUUUCCAGUUAUAUGGUUCAUCAGAAACAAUUAAUUUCCUCCAAUCAGCAGACUUUUUGAAAUUAGACAAAAGGGGUUUACGAGCAACAGAGAAGGGAAUAGCUGUACUAGAUAGCCUAAUUGUUGAACUAGUUUCUAUAUUAAACCAAAAUUCCACAUCUUCCAAAUAGCAAAUUAAUGGUAUUACCAUCAUCCAUUUUGAAUGACAAUUUAUUUUUUAUAUGAUUGUUAAUGGUCUAUAGAAAAAGGGUUUCUUCUUCCAUUUUUAAUGACAACAAAUUAUUUUUUAUACGAUUGUUAAUGGUCUGUAGGACAAGGGUUUCUAUUUAGAUAUUGGAGAGAGAGAAAUGGAGUUUAAAUUCCACUCGACACAAACUAGGUCAUUUCGGGACUAACAUAUGUUUUUUUAAAUUUUAUUUACAUAAUUCGCUUGCGCGUAGCUGUGGGAGGAAACCACGCCAGUCGACUCAGUGACAGACUUUAUGAUACAGCGCGCGUACGCUAACCAUACAGCCAUCCAACCCCCCUUUAGAUUUUGGACAUUUGUUAGUAUGCUUAUGUAUAUUUAGUAGAUUUUCAACAUUCAUUUUGGUGUAAGCAUGUUUUUAUUCUGGAGAGUUUCAAUUUAAUGUCUACAAUUGUUUUGUCUUUUCAAAACGUCAACAUUAUUUCAUUCAGCUUUCAACAGCAAAUAAACUGGACUAAUAAUCCUAAAACAGAUUGAUGCUAAAAUAGAUUGUUUUCAACUGCACCCACUGUGAAAACAUGCACUGUAAGUCAUGAGUACAAUUAUAAGUUAUGAAUUCAUUCACAUUAAUUUCAGUGAUUUAUAAUAUACUAGUUGAUUAGUCAUGUAUACCUUUAAGAUGCAGUAUGAAAGAGCUAAAUCUGCCUAGUAAAAGUCCUUUUUCAAAUGUUAUAUAAAUUAUUAAUUAGGCAUUUAUUCACAUAAGCCCAUAAUCAACUCUUAACAAAAUCUCAUUGUUUGUUAGUGCUGAUAUCAAGUAAAAUUUUAUGCACAGAUGUAGUGGGAGCAAACAUCAAUACUUGCAUCGGUAAAUUUGGCUGUUGCUGAAAACUCCUCAUUGCAACAAAAAGUUUCUAUUAUAAAUCUGUAAAUGUGUCAUUUUGUACCAACAUUAAAACUAGUGCCUAUCUUUCUUAUGUAUUCGAUAAUAUUUAUCCAUUUAUGUGAAGAAAACAAAGGACCGCACAUUUAAAUAUUUUGAAAUUCAGUUUAUACAGAUAAGAGAAAGUACCUAAUUGUUUCUCCGAAUUGGUUUCUAUAGUCAGUGGUACAGGAUGUAGGACCUGGUAAGGAAAAGUGUCUAGUCAUUCAGAUGGGACAGAAAACCUGAGGACCCCUGUGCUCAUAAAAGAACCUUUCAUAGUUAGAAUUCGAAAUAAGAGUAGGCCAGAAAAAAAUUUCUCAUAUAGCACACUACAUCUACAUGGUGUAUGUCCAUCAAACCCCAUUGUCAUGAGGCCAAUAAUGGUCACUUGUAGAGUUAAAAUAAUUUUGCUGAUAAAAAAAAUAUUCAACAAGUUUUGAAAUAAAUUAUGGUUGAUAACUUUUAAUCAGAAGUUAUUUCGUAAUAGGAAAUGAGACAUCAGUCAUUAUAUACUUGCAUUGAGAUAUGUGAUUAGUUUUCCUUAUUAUGACAGGUGGUAUAAGAAAACUUAGUUUGGGUGGACUAAAUGCUAAAUUUAGAUUUCAACAUUUCUAGAUUUAAAACACUUUAGUUUCAACUAGAAACUGAUGUAUUUGCUAAUUUCUCAACUGACACUAGUGGAUUAUAGGAUUAUUCUUUAACAUGCCAUUUAUUUUAAGUCUUAUUUUAACAUAUAUUAAAUAUAUGACUUUAAAAAAUGCAAUCAUCGCUUUAAAGGAAUCAUAAUUUUUUUUUAUGUGUCUAAAAAAAUGACAAAUUUUUUUUAAAAAAUAUGAUUUUAGAUUUCUACAUUUGUUUUAAAAUGUAAGCUUAUAUAUUGUGUCUUGUGGGAAAUUAAUUUAUUUUAAUAUACAAGGUUAUGUAAUUUUUUGCAAAUAAAGUUUUAUUUAUAUUAAAGAAAUA